AUGGCAUCGUUUCGCGGAAGCUGGGGCUGGCCGUGCGCUCUGUUGCUACUGCUGCUCGGCGAAUCGGCCGCCUCGCCGAUGGAUGAACCGAUCGCCAACGGAGCGACAACCCUCCCGAGCCUUGGACCCGACGCGUCGCGCCCCGAGCACAAAGUAGUCCGGGGAAGUGCAGAGGGCGACGGGGUUGCCGACGCAACGGAGGCGAAGGCCCAGUACGAAAGCCAGCGCUCGAACGCCCACCAGAGACACCUCGGCCGGUUAGCGCAGAGAGACGCCGAUCGGGAUGAAAAAGCUUACGGGCCCACCUACGUCGAUUACGAGCACGAAUACUAUCCCGUCGCAAAUUACGACUUUGAUGACAAGUACAACACCAUAACGGAGAAUCAAAACAUCCACGGCUACGGAGGGGUCUCAUCGGGUCCCUGGCAGGCAACUCAAGACUCGGGGUACCCAGCGCCUUCCAUAUUCGCGGACCCGUACCGAAACUCACCUUCAGUGCCGUUGAGCAGCGGCUCGCAAACGGGCUGCCACUGCCCGUCGACGCCCCACCGCGAGGUGAGGUGCGAGAGCCUGACGAGCCGCUUCCUCGACCUCGCGGCCUCCCUCGGCCGGACCCUCUGGGCGCUGGUCCAACUGUCGGUGUCCAGCAGCAUACCCUUCCUCGUGCCCCUCGUCGCCAUCAAAGCCAUCCUCGUGCCCUUGAAGAUCUUCAAGUUCCUCGCCCUCUUGAAAAUCAUGAUCAAGCUGUUUGUCGUUUUGCCCCUCGUUUCGCGCCUCCUCGCCCCGGCUCUCUCCCAAAUUCCCCUGCCCAACGUUAUCCAGGCGAUACAGGACAUGCUACCCUCGACGGGGCACAAGCAGCACCCUCAUCUUCCCCAUCGCGACGAGGCUCGGGCUGAAAAAUUAGCCGGUGUGGACAACGACAGCAGCUCGACUCUGGGGAAGGAGGAGGAGGACGGUAAGAAUGGCAACAAGGACCCGUGGGACCUCGGAGCCUGUCCCAGUAGGAUUGCCUGCGAGGUGGCCGUGUAUCUGUCCGGAUCGAUGUACGACAGAUUUUCCCGGAAUUUGGUCGAUUUUGUCGCGAGGAAGGCUCGCCUCGGAGCUCGGGAUGGUACCGAUAACGAAGAGACCGAGGAGGACGACGAACUAGCUGCCAAGGUAUUCUUCGUCGCGUUGAAAAAGAGGUGGACGCAAGACCAGUGCGGUGUUUACAGGUGUUGGGUGUUGUAUUGA